AUGGAUCCACAGAGAGGAUUGGUCGAUUCCCUGAACCAGAUGUGCCAGAAGUAUGAGCAGCACGAGUUCAGUGGAUCCCUCUGCGAGGAGCUGUGCAGCAGCCAGACGGCCUUCGACAACUUCCAAUGCCCGUUGAACGACAUGAAGACGAUUCUGUUUACGGCUGAAAAGAAUGGCGACAUGCUCGCCGUAAAGCUGGCGAAGCACAACGACGACGACUUGAGCUGGACGAACAGCAAGGGCGAGGAGAUUUACCCAAAAAUCGAGGAGUUCCACGAGAUUGUCAAGCUCCACAUCAUCCUGGCGUACAACGUGACAUUGGAUGAUAAUAUGAUACGCGCCCUGGUCAACCAGGAGAUCGCGGAUAAUAACUCACAGCAGAUGGUUAGCUUUUGGCGCUUGUUCAAGGACAACAACUAUAUGAUGGGCAAGCUUUUUGACGAGGACUCCGUGUUUCCAGCGGUGUUGGGCUCCUGUGGCCCCUACUAUGCCACGGAGGGCUUGGAGAUCGUGCAGGCUAAUCCCAGCAUCAUUCAGUAUCUCUCGUCCAAUAGACAGCAGCGUCUGAAGCACGCUCUCAGCAUCAUGGAGUACAUAUUUCGGCUGGAGGAGAUGAAGCCGGAGCCGCUGCGUAUGUGCAAAAUGCAGGUGAAUCGCUUCGGACUCACGCCCGACAGGCGCCUGAAGUACCAAAGCGCGGAGCACGUCUAUGUCGAGAGCUAUCUGGACAAGCGCAUAUCUAAUGGCGUCAAGUGCCACAGCAACCAAGACUGCAGCUUCCACUCCUGUCGCGGAUUGUGCGACGCAGAGCGCCAGGCCUGCACACAUAUCCAGCAGAACAACAACUUUCAGAUAUUCUGCGAUCACGUCCUCUUGGGCAGUGGAACGUUCCAGCCAGGUCUGCUGAGUGGCAUACGCUUGCCGCGCUCUCUGCAGAAGCUUGUCAAGAUGUGCGUGCAACCGCCAAAGGAGCACCAGGUGCCAGGCCGUCGCCAGGCGCCCAGCCUCCAGCUUGCGCUCAGGCUUUACAACGAGCUGAAGCAGCUCUUGCAGGCCGUAAUCACGGCCUCCGGCUCGGACGUCGAGGUGGACAGUCAGAGCUCUCGGCUAGCCCAGCGAGGAGGCGCUUAGGUGGCCAGGAUGCACAUGUAGUAGAAUUGGUAACUACGCCUGAUGGCUUGCUCAACAAUUGGUAGCAUUUUUACAUAAAUUAGAUUUAGUUAAGUAACGCAUAUAGAUUUAACAAAAAUAAACGUUUUUUAACAUA